CGUCCCUGUCCCUGGCCCUUUGCCCCCCAUCCCGGCUCCGUCACCCUCCCGCCCCCUACACUCAGGACGAGAAUGCCCUGCCCGGAACAACCUAGCAGCGCCUAGAUGGCUUUGGUCACGGUCCAGCGGUCGCCUACCCCCAGCACCACCUCCAGCCCCUGCGCCUCGAGCUCUUAUUUGGAAGACAAUGAGUCAGCAGCAAUACUUUGCUGUGAAUGUGGAGAAUCAGAAAUCUUUAUUGAUUUCAAUGAGGCUGACAGUGGGGAGGAGGAAUGCCGGUCACAGCCCAGGAGCAUCAGCGAGAGCUUUUUAACUGUCAAAGGUGCUGCCCUUUUUCUACCACGGGGGAAUGGCUCGUCUACACCAAGAAUCAGCCACAGACGCAACAAGCAUGCAGGUGAUCUUCAACAACAUCUUCAAGCCAUGUUUAUAUUACUACGCCCAGAAGACAACAUAAGGCUGGCUGUAAGAUUGGAAAGUACAUUCCAAAAUCGAACACGCUAUAUGGUAGUGGUUUCAACUAAUGGUAGACAAGACACUGAAGAAAGCAUUGUCCUGGGAAUGGAUUUUUCUUCUAAUGACAGCACUUGUACCAUGGGCUUAGUCUUGCCUCUCUGGAGUGAUACCCUAAUUCAUUUGGAUGGUGAUGGUGGAUUCAGCGUAUCAACAGAUAACAGAGUUCACAUAUUCAAACCUGUAUCUGUGCAAGCAAUGUGGUCUGCACUACAGAGCUUGCACAAGGCUUGUGAAGUGGCCAGAAUGCACAACUACUAUCCAGGCAGCCUUUUCCUCACUUGGGUGAGUUAUUAUGAGAGCCAUAUCAACUCAGACCAAUCCUCUGUCAAUGAAUGGAAUGCUAUGCAGGAUGUGCAGUCUCAUCGGCCUGACUCUCCAGCCCUCUUCACAGACAUACCAACUGAACGUGAACGAACAGAAAGGCUUAUUAAAACCAAAUUAAGGGAGAUUAUGAUGCAAAAGGAUUUGGAAAAUAUCACAUCCAAAGAGAUACGUACAGAGUUGGAAAUGCAGAUGGUGUGCAACUUGCGAGAAUUCAAGGAAUUCAUAGAUAAUGAAAUGAUAGUGAUCCUUGGUCAGAUGGAUAGUCCUACACAGAUAUUUGAGCAUGUGUUCCUGGGCUCAGAAUGGAAUGCCUCAAACUUAGAGGACUUACAGAAUCGAGGGGUGCGGUACAUCUUGAAUGUCACUCGAGAGAUAGACAACUUCUUCCCCGGAGUCUUUGAGUAUCAUAACAUCCGAGUGUAUGAUGAAGAGGCAACGGAUCUCCUGGCUUACUGGAAUGACACUUACAAAUUCAUCUCUAAAGCAAAGAAACAUGGAUCUAAAUGCCUUGUGCACUGCAAGAUGGGGGUGAGUCGCUCGGCCUCCACUGUGAUUGCCUAUGCAAUGAAGGAAUAUGGCUGGAAUCUGGAUCGAGCCUAUGACUACGUGAAAGAAAGACGAACAGUGACCAAGCCUAACCCCAGCUUCAUGAGACAACUGGAAGAAUACCAAGGGAUCUUGCUGGCAAGCAAACAGCGGCAUAACAAACUCUGGAGAUCUCAUUCAGAUAGUGACCUCUCGGACCACCACGAACCCAUCUGCAAACCUGGGCUCGAGCUCAACAAGAAGGAGAUGACCACUUCAGCUGACCAGAUUGCCGAGGUGAAGACUGUGGAGAACCUUGCAGCCAUAUCUCCCGUCUUUGUGGAGCAUGUGGUUCCACAGGACGCAAAUCAGAAAGGGGUUCAUACCAAAGAAAGAGUCAUCUGCCUGGGGUUUUCGUCACAGGAGUUUCAUGCCGGACAGAUCGAAGAUGAAUUAAACUUAAAUGACAUCAAUGGAUGCUCAUCAGGGUGUUGUCUCAGUGAAUCAAAAUUCCCUCUUGACAACUGCCAUGCAUCUAAAGCCUUAAUCCAACCUGGACAGGCCUCAGAAAUGGCCAACAAGUUCCCAGACUUAGCAGUGGAAGAUUUGGAGACAGAUGCCCUGAAAGCAGACAUGAAUGUCCACUUACUGCCUAUGGAAGAGUUGACAUCUCGACUGAAAGACCUCCCCAUGUCACCUGAUCCUGAGUCACCAAGCCCCCAACCCAGUUGCCAAGCUGCCAUCUCUGAUUUUAGUACAGAUCGUAUUGAUUUUUUUAGUGCCCUAGAGAAAUUUGUAGAGCUUUCUCAAGAAACCCGGGCUCGAUCUUUUUCCCACUCAAGGACAGAAGAGCUAGGCGGAGGAAGGAGUGAGGGUUGUCGCCUAUCAGUGAUGGAAGUGGCGCCUUCAGAAAUGGCAGCUGAUGACCAGAGAAGCAGCUCUUUAAGUAAUACUCCCCAUGCAUCUGAGGAAUCUUCAGUGGAUGAGGACCAGUCAAAGGUAGUCUCAGAACUUGUCAGCCCAGACAUCAUCAUGCAAUCUCACUCAGAAAAUGCAAUUUCAGUCAAAGAAAUUGUCACUGAAAUUGAAUCCAUUAGUCAAGGAGUUGGGCAGGCUCAGUUAAAAGGAGACAUCCUCUCUAACCCAUGCCAUACACCAAAGAAGAACACUGUCCAUGAGCUGCCCCUGGAGAGGGCACAGGCCCCUGAGAACAAACCUGGACAUUUGGAACAAGACGAGAGUUUCUACACAGUCCAGCCUGAACUAACUGAAGACUCAGAGAAGUGCAACCCAGAAGGCUCUCUAACUGCACACCCAUCCACAGUAGACUUGGAAGAAGAGGAACCGGUUGAGGGAGAACAUGACCAGGGCCCAGGGAUGCACCCUGGUGCCAAGUGGUAUCCUGGGUCUGUGAAGCGAGCCACCCUGGAGUUUGAAGAGCGCUUGCGACAGGAGCAGGAACAUCAUGGCACUGCCCCUACAGGUACCACUUUAUCUAAUCGCAAAAACUCUAAGAACGAUUCUUCUGUGGCAGACCUAAUGCCAAAAUGGAGAAGUGAGGAAACCAGCCCAGAACAUUCAGAGAUGAGCAAGGGGAAAGGGAAAUCCUGUGGGUGUGGGUCUGAAGCUGGACCCCUGUCCCACUAUGAACAUACCACUGCUCCAGUCCCCGAGUUGCUGGAGAGUCGUCCCUUGCAAGCUCCUCAGGAUUGCCUAGGGUCGGAUACUGGAACCAAGAAGCAGGAAGAAGACUUGAAGAAGCAGAGGACUGUUAUUUUAAACCAGGGAUGCGAGACUCAGGUCAUCCCUCUUCCUCUUCCCAAGAGAAUAGAAAUCAUUGAAUACACACAGACAGUUACAUCACUUGAUCACACUGAGCCAGGAGGUGAAACGGCACCCAACAAAGAAGGUGAGAAACAAGGACUGAGGAAGGUGAAGAUGGAGAGGUCUGUCGCUGUGUUUUGUGCGCUGGAUGAAAAUCUGAACAGGACUCUGGACCCCAGCCAGGUUCCUCUGCAUCCCCAACUGCUACCUCUGCCUCACUCUUCCUCUGAGUAUGACAGGCUCACUGACCCAACCCCCAUGCUAAGUAGCCCUGAAGACCAGGGAAACAGCCCUUCAACACCCUCUGAGAAAGCAGCACCUUUGGUCAGUUGCAGUACCCACAUAGCAUCUGUCAACUUGGACUACCUGCAUCCCCAGUCUGUGGUUCACCUAGAAGGCUGCACAGAGCAGAGCAGCACCACGGACAGUGAGCCAUCAACAGAGCAGGUUAGCUGGGAAGAUGGCCAGAAGGGCUUCCUUGGCAGUGGAAUGGCACACAAGUUCUCUCAGUUAAGUAAUGAAGACCUGAGUUUAAUUAACAAACUUGGUGACAACGGUGGGGUGUUACAGAAAAAACUGGACCUAUCACCUGAAGCCUGUCGAAUUCCACAUAGCUCUAGUAGUGAAAAUAUAAGAAAUCUCAGCCACAACCCUGGUGUGGUGAAGGAACGCGCUAAAGAAAUUGAGUCCCGAGUGACCUUCCAGUCAGGGAUCACCAAAACAUCACAAAUGAGGCGCUCGGCUUCUCUUGCCAAGUUGGGUUACCUGGACCUUUGUAAAGACUACUUAGCAGAGAGAGAGUUUGUCUCCCCAGAAUCCCCUCAUCUUAAAUUGCUUCAGCCCUUCAUCAAAACAGACUCAGGCAUGCAUGCCUUGAUGACCCAGGAGCCCUCUGCAAGCCCAGAUGCCCACCAGAACCCACAGCCCACCAAGUACUUUGUAGAGCAACUCAAAACAACAGAGUGUAUUGUGCAGAGCAAGCCAGUAGAGAGGCCCCUUGUGCAGUAUGCCAAAGAAUUUGGGUACAGCCAGCAGUGUUUGCUCCCCAAGGCAAGAGCAGAAUUGACUAGUUCUGAAGUUGGUCUUCCUUUGCUACAGACACAGGGCCUGCAGUGUACAGGCCCCGCUCCAGGGCUGGCUGUGGCACCCCGCCAGCAACAUGGCAGAACUCACCCGCUUAGGAGACUGAAAAGAGCAAAUGAUAAAAAACGGACAACCAACCCCUUCUAUAACACCAUGUGAUCUUGAGCCUACACACAUGACUUUCUAAGAGAAAUGUUUGUAAGGGGGCGGUGUAAUAUGUAAGGAACAUGCACUUUAUUGGUUAAUUUUAUAAUAUUUUGGUCAUUUUACUGUUCCUGGCUCAUGUGGGGUUUGGGUUGGUUUUUCUGUGUGUGUGUGUGUGUGUGUGUGUGUGUGUGUGUGUGUGUGUGUGUGAUUUGGAUGGCAAGAUCAUUUUACCAUUUUUUUUAUUUUUUAAAAAUUCAAACCUCAAACAUUUUUUUCAAAGAGCACCUUUAUCAAAAGGCAGAUUGCUGUUUUUCAGUCUCCUGCCACCUGACCCUUUCUCAUUUUUCCCUCUGAGAAAACACAUGCCUGCUUGAUUGAGGGAAAGAAACAGAGGGUAGGUGGCACUGAGGUUAGGAAUUGGAGAUGGCUCAGCCAGGCCUGAGGCGGCCUGUCCACUGAGAGCAGAGGGAGAUUGCUGCUCCCAGCCUCGCCCUCCAGCCCUUCUUUGGAGCUCAUGAAGUUGCAGGGUUUGUUCUGCCUUAAGAGGCAGUUGAGACUCCAUUUCUGCUGGUAUCCCAAAAUACAUCAAUCAUUACGAAAAAGGGAUUGGCAAUUGGCCUAGAUAGAUAGAAUUCUAGAUAGCAAAUAAUUUCCCCCAAGAAAACAACCUGAAAAUCUAAGGGAACCCUAAGCAAAACUUAUGGUCAUCUGUAAAGAAACACAUUAAGAGAGAAGGUUGAAGGCAAAAGUAGAAAAGCAGCUACUGAGUGACUUCUGGGUUAGUGGAAUCCACACAGGAGAGGCCUGCCCCCUCUGCCAGGUGACAGGCUGCCACAACCUCCCAACAUAAGGCCUGGAAACAGGCUUGAAAAACAGCAAAGACGGUGUGUUCUUGUAAAAUGCAUACAUAUGUGGGUUUUAACCCUUCCAUUACUUGAAUAUUCUGUGGGCCUUCUGACUUUAAUGGCCAUACUUUUUCAACUCAUUUUCUUCUCUCUUGCUAAUUCCCUAUCCUGCCCCUCUCUUACUCUCACAAAUUAUAUUUUAAUUGUUACAUUACAUACAUAUAACCUAUUGAACACAAUUUUCUAUGUUAUCCUUGUUAACACUUGACAUAAGUUGUUGCCCCCCCCCUUUUCCUGGAAGGUUUGUCUUUUCUUUACAGUUCAUACACAGUAUUUAUGUACAUAAUGUCACUUCUUUAAUGUUUUAUUGUUGAUAUUUGGGGGUCUUUUUUUUUUUGGUUUAUUCUUUUCAAGGAGUAGAGUUGCAGCUGGAAAACAGAGACACCAGAAAUAAGCUGAUCAUUGUUGAUAGACGUCUACACAGUAUAUUGAUGGUGACUCUAAUUGUUUUCAGUGGCUCCUGCCAAAUUAUGCACUUCCUUUUCAGAAACCCCUACAGGCUCCCAUUAGAUCACCCUGAAUGCUAAAGUCCCAGAACAUUGUUUGCCAGAAUUGAAGCACAGCCAGGCAAUGUGUGUGCAUUGCCCAAAGUAGCCUCCUAGUGGGGCUGAGGCUUGGGAGUGGCUGAGCCAAGGCACAAACUACAUUUAUGAUACCAUUGCUUUUUUGCUGUUGUGAUGGUCUUUAACACUGGAGGACCUGCUGUAAAUAAGCCUCUUCGAGUCUUACAGAAAACAUCUAGCCUGAAGUGAAAUAACCCACCACAGCUCAUCAAAACUGAAAGACCUACAAACUUGCUUCCUGCUUGCUUUUGUUGGUGUCCACAUUGCUGAGGAUUGUGUAGUUAAGAGCCAGGGUCUUUGGUUCUUAAUUCAGCACAGCCCUAAGAGAAUGAAGACAGACAUACAAAUCAUCAUCAGAGACAGAAUUUGGAGAGAGCAGAUAGUAAGAUACAGAAAAGAGAAAUUGGGGCCACUUUCAAGUUCUCCAGAGCUGUGGGUCCAGUUGCCAUACUAAAGCCAUGGUUGGGUGUGAUGUCACUGCUAGAAAGAUGCUAGAGGCCAGCUCCUGAAAGUAUGGUGUAGAAGCUAUAUAUACCUAUGCUGUCUUUUGGUAGUUUCUCUAAGGGUCGCAGCUUGUGAGUACCGGACAUUUAUGUGUUGUCUCAUUAGGCCGUGUGUACCAAUGUGAGGGAGGCUUGGGAGGCAAGAUGGUGGAUUCCAGAGCUCAUCUACUAAAGAGCCCUAUUACCAAUAUGAUGAGAGGACGGGAAAUUAUGAUAGAGUGAGGAGCAUUUGCAUGGAGGUUGAGUGGCAUCACCAAACAGUAAUAAUAAAAGCUGUGUGUAGUGGCUCACAUCUGUAAUCCCAGCACUGAAGCUGAGGCAGGAGGAUCACUGUCAGUUGGAGGCCAGCUUAGGUGACAGAGUGAGACUCUGUCUCAAAAAAAUGUGACAUCUCUAUGCCACUCAUCAACAGUGGGCUCUGUGCUCUCAGUGGGCUCUGUGCUCUCAAUGCAUGUCUCACAGCAGAGACAGAGACUCCUUGGAUGCUCUGUGGGGGCAGGGGGAGGGUGCCCAUUUGUGUUUUAAAGAAUGGGAGAAACCAUCUUGUGCUGUCUUCCUUCUUAAUUACCUUAAUUACAUUUCUGACCAUUUAACUCCCCUGCCUAGGUAUCUCACACAGGGUCUGUUAUUCAGCUAUGCCAAAGGCUCUUGCCAGCCCUCCCGAACCCCCAGUUUGGGUGUUCUUAAGUCAUGUUCAUGCUAAGGCAGGUACAUAAUAAGCUGUCAAGGACUUCUUUUUUUUUACUUCAACUUUUGAUAAUUUCAAAUUGCCUGUUUGCCUUUUCUAUUCGUGGAAAGCCCAGACCUGACUGGUGAACAGCUAAGCAGGAAAAACCUUGACCUCUUGACUAGUACUUCACCUCCCGCUCAAUGUCUAUCUUUACUGUCUUUAAGAUCACUGUAGCCCUGUCAGUGGUCCUGCAAGUGUGUAAGCACAUAUGUGAGCACACAUGUGAGCACGUAAACAGGAUGAGCUGACAUUUCCGUGCCUGGGAUAACUGCACAGGAGCAGACAGGAUUGGAGCUGUAGUCUGGGUGGACCUGGGGAGUAGGAGAGGGUCCCAGCCAACUGUUGGCUUUUAGAAACACUAGCAGCGGAUGGUGUCGGCACGGGACAGUAGGGAGCACUCGUGUCUCGUUUUGGUUGCUUCUUGUCCUUUUAAACCCAUUUGCCCCUGCAUCCUUACCUCUUCAGGGUCUUGUGUUUUCCUGCUCUGUACCUUUGUCUCUGCUGCUGUUUCCUUCUUUGUCCUUUUGGGAACUACCAAGAGCUCCAGAUCCAGCCUAGGAAUACAUCUAAGGGAAUGUUCUAAGGCCUCCUGCUCCUGAGCCCAGAUGCCUCAUCCGAAAAGCCUCAGACACUGCAGCUCACAAGAGUCUUCACCCGAGGAUUUCAUUUAGUAAGGAUGUUCUGUGAGCGCUGGGUUUUUUUUUUUUUUCUAAGAAAGCAUUAUGCAAAAAGUUUUAAGGGCAUUUUAAAGAAAAGCCGCUUUUUGGCUUUUUCAAACUAUUUGUGGAUACUUUGUUUACUUUGUGAGUAUUAAAAUAUGCAUCAUCUUGGUGGCCACCCAGGCACUGAAGCCAUGGCUGUCCUGUGAGUCCUUCCCCCAGAGAAAUGCCAUAUUAUUGUCAACCCCUGUGGAUAAAUGGGUCAGAUGUGGCUGAUCUCCAUCUGUGUCCUGCACUCUCAUCCUGCAGUCAUUUUCCUCAGUGCUGGUGUGUCUCCAUAGUGAUGGUCGUGAUGGUGAAUGGCUAGUAUGGUGGUUUUAUUUUCAAUUUCUGAUGGUAGACAAGGUGAUAUUUUCAUUGUUUCAGUACCAAUCCAACUUAAAGUAUCAUGGACAUUGUUAUCCUUCCAAACUAAAAGAUCAAGCAUGUACUGGACAUAAGUGUGCAUGUUGCCUCGACUCAUCUGGCACCCAUAUUAGGAAGAGGCCUGCCACCAAAGCAGGAAGCUGCACACUCCUUUCCCCAGGCUUUAGGAUUUCUUGAUGCCAUGGAGAGCUAUUGCAAGGUGCUUCUGUACUGCUCCAGCUUGAAGCAGAAGUAACUAGGCCUGGCUUCUGCUAUGAAGAGAACCAGCCUCAUCUCAGUGUCCCAGAGAUCUAGGAUGGGGUUUCUAAACUGGAAUCAUCCCUUAUCAGCUUGAAGAUACCCCCCCCCAGAGGCAUACGGCUGGUGCUGCCAUCUGUCUCCACAGCGAUGCUGGUGGCCGUGUCCUGCCUACAGAGAGCUGAUACCCCAAAUGGAAAAAAACGAGGAACUGACCUAAUGUUUCCUAGUCAGUAAACCCACUGGGAAUUGUUUGGUUUUAUCUUUUAUUUGAUUGUGAUUUGUUUGGCAUAGCUAAAGGUGCCUUCCCCCCUCCCUUUUUUUAAUUUUGUUUUGUAAGACUUGUUCAAAACACAAACAAGUCCAAAAGACUCGCACUGACUGUUACCUUUGCCCAGGCUACCCCAAACUUCUAUGCUCUCGUUUUAUUAAAUAAAAGCAGGUGCUCCCUGGAA